ACUUUUCCACCCCAUUUUUCGUAUCCCCAAAUCUGCUCAGCUGGGCUGGCGACAUUUGUCAAGUUGUUUUGAUUAUUCAAAAUUAUAAAAAAAACUAAUUUGGCAAAAAGUUUGAAAAACAUAAUAACAGAAUACUCGUUAAUCUAAUAUAUACGUUAAUAUACAGCUCACGUUUUUUUUUUUUUGCAAGAUGUUGCGUCAAUUAAAGCUGACGUUGAAUAUUUCCCGAUGGAUUUUUAUGCCCUGGCAGCGCCAAGCCUCAGCCUCCAGCAGCCAGGUGCCGCCCUUCCUGGCCCCCAUUAGCGACGACGUGAUUGUGGACUACGAGGAUCCGGAUUACUUGCCGCUGCCGGAGUACCCGGUGCGUCCCAACGAGCCCCUGGAGACACGCAAACAGCGUUUGCUCUAUCAAUCGCGUAAGCGUGGAAUGCUGGAGAACGAUCUACUUCUGAGCACCUUUGCCGCCAAAUACUUGAAGGACUUCAGUGCCGAACAGACGGCCAUCUAUGACCAGUUGAUAAAUGGGGUCAGCAACGACUGGGACAUAUACUACUGGGCCACCGAGGUGAAGCCCACGCCCGAGGAAUACAACACGGAGAUCAUGAAGCUUCUCAAGGAGCACGUGAAGAACGCCGAGCGUGUCACUCGUUUUCGUCAGCCGGAUCUGACUUAGUGAGGGGCAUGUAAUGGUCCUGCUCCUACACAGGACAGGGGAAAACAUGGUCUUGGCAAGCUGACACGCGACUUGCCUUGUCCAUGGUUUCCCCCCACCAGAGCCCUCCAAUCGAAUCCAAUCCUCUUAGCUGUAAGGACUAUAAAUUAUUUAUGCAGUCGAUUAAAAAAACAAUACUUUGAAGCUUAA